ACACCCCCGCAGAAGCCUACUACUUGGUUUCUUUCAAGGCGGGCGUUCGACAACAUGACCGCCAUGAAGAACAAUUUCUGGGCCUUCAAGGACGCAGAUGGCAAAAACCGAGCUCAUGUUCCAGCUACGCCCAUGUGGAUCGCCAUCAUCCGGGCCGUGCAGCUGGGUCUCGCGCUUCUGAUCCUUAUUCUUACCGCCGUUGCUGCAAACAAGUUUAGAGUUGCGUGGUCCAGCCUUGCACUCACCUGGUUCACGUUUGCGUGGACUCUUUUGCAUAUCGGAUGGCUUUUCAUCAGCAUCUUGAUCGUUCCCCUGAUCUACAACAUCUGGGGCCAACUGGCCGUUGAAAUCCUGAGCGUCAUCUUCUGGCUGGCCAGCUGGGCCGCCCUGGCCGCGGACGCCGCCGCCAUCGGCGAUUACGAGAGUGUCUACGGCAGCAGGGGCCGCACCGCCGGUAUCACCAACGACUUCAGCACCGGUUCCGGCUGCAUCAAGGCCUCUGCGGCGCUGGGAGCCCUCGAGUGGAUUCUGUUUGUCGUCACGCUCGUGUUCUUUGUCAUGGCCCUCAUCCGCUUCCAAAAGGGCCACACCACCACUACCACCACCACCACGGCCCCCGCUGCCGACCCCGAGGCCGCCGCCGGCGCCGCGGAGCUCAAGACCGGCCCGGACCACCUCCACACCACCCAGCAGCAGGCCUAUCCCGACCACGGCGCGCAGGCCCAGCAGGGAUUCGUACAGCAGCCCGUGUCUGCCGACCACGUCCAGCCGCAGCCGCAGCAGGGGCACCAGGUCCAGCCGGCCGCGUAUUCCUAG